AUGCUUUGGACACGGUUUGGUAAAAAUCGGGUGAAGUGGGUGGGCCAACUUCAGAACUUUGAAAGCUCGUAUCUCAGCUUUGGGAAACUCGCAAAUUUGGAGACCCUCCUCGCAGAUUCUCUCAAAUCAAAACGAAGCUUUGGACACAGGUUUGGUAAAAAUCGGGUGAAGUGGGUGGGCCAACUUCAGAACUUUGAAAGCUCGUAUCUCAGCUUUGGGCCACUCGCAAAUUCGGAGACCCUCCUCGCAGAUUCUCUCAAAUCAAAACGAAGCUUUGGACACCGGUUUGGUGAAAAUCGGGUGAAUUCAAAUCUAUAG